AUGCGCGCUGCCCGGUGGCUGGGGCUGGCGCUGCUGCUCUGCCUCUGCCGCCCCGCCGAGCCCUGGUACAAGCAGGCGGCCGGGCCCCGCCACUACUCGGUGGGCAGAGCCUCGGGGCUGCUCUCCGGCCUCCGCCGCUUGCCCCACGCCCGCCGCUCCGACACCGACGGCACCGCUGAGCCCGGCCCCGGUGUGCUGCUGCCUGGCUCGGCCCGCCUGCCUGCGGAGCUCCACGCCGCGGCGCUGUGCGUGACGGAUGUGGCCCCCGAGCCAUGGAGCUGCCGGGUGCUGCCUGGAGCCCCCGGUGCUCUCCAGUGCAAGGCGGACGUGACCGUGUCCUUGGACCCCGUGGAGUGUGCGGACGCCUGAGCCAGCACCGGUGGCUCUGUGGUGACAAUAAACGUGCUU